CUUAUUGAUUUAUUGUGGAAAUUGGAAAUUUGUACUAUGCGAUCACUAGUAACCAAAGCACCCCUUUUUUCUUCCUACCUUUCACUGCUCAAUGCCGCCUGACGAAAAUCACAACUAUAGUCCUCCAUCUAGCCGUUCAAAUGGCCAUCAUCCCAGUUAUCGUAACCGUCAUGGCCGACAUAGUAGUAAUGGCCAUGAUCGGGGUGGCACACAAAACGCUCCGCGAGAACGCUCACCAAACGCUCCGCGAGAACGCUCUCAUUCUCCAUCACAUCUCCAAUCCUCGGCACGUUAUUCAAGUGCAAUAGCGCUACAACACGGACGUGCUAUACCACGACGAGUCACUGUUUUUGAUGAUCUGAUGAUAACGAUGAUGUUGAUGAGCUUGAGGAAGAACUUUCAGAAGAAGAAAGAGAUCGUAGUAUGGAACGCGGAUAUACUGCCAUCAAAGAGAUGGACCACGUUGUGCCAAAUUUCAUCAAGCGAGUGGGGGAGGAAGGUGGCCAGGCUUUAAUCAUUGAGCUUGAACGCGGUGCUGACAGUGCUAAGACCCAUGAUACCCAAGCUGCCACCAGGAUUGUGGGUCAAGAGCUGAAUCGGCAAGUGCGAAAAAUCAACGAGGCUAGAAUAAAGGAACAUGAAGAGGAAAUCCGCCGAGUCCAAGCUGAUACUGAAGCUAUGUUGAAAGAACACGCAGCCCAACGUGAGAACAAUGCAGACGACAGCUCACAUGAUACCGCG